UGCGUUCAGAAUUUGCAUUAAACAGCUUCAAGCGAGAACCUCGAGACAGCCUGAACCGUCAAUAUGGUUGAGUGGACAGAUGCCGAGCGCAGCGCCAUCACUGGCCUGUGGGGAAAGAUCAGCGUGGAUGAAAUCGGACCUCAGGCUCUAUCCAGACUUCUGGUCAUCGCUCCAUGGACCCAGAGGCACUUCUCUUCCUUUGGUAACCUGUCCAGCGCCGCUGCCAUCCAGGGAAACCCUAAGGUGGCUCAUCAUGGAAAGGUAGUCAUGGGUGGACUGGAGAGAGCCAUCACCAACUUGGACAACAUCAAGGCUGCCUAUGCUAGUCUCAGUGUGAUGCACUCUGAGAAAAUUCACGUGGAUCCCGACAACUUCAGACUUCUCGGAGACUGCAUCACCGUUUGCGUGGCCAUGAAGUUCGGACCCUCCGUCUUCACCCCUGAUGUGCAGGAAGCCUGGCAGAAGUUCUUGGCUGUCGUUGCAUCCGCUCUGGGCAGACAGUACCACUAGUGUCAUUCUUAAACGAAUAGGAAAACAGCUAAAGUUCAGCUUUAAAAUCGAUGCACAAUGCUGUUGACCAAAGAUAUUCCCUUGACACAAUAAUAAAACAUGUUAUAAACGCA